UAUGAGUGGAGAAGCACAGCCUUUAACCGUUGCAGUUGUUGACGAAAUUAUUGCUACAGAACAAAAUGAAAGCUCAAAUUCCACCGUGAGAGAACUUCAAACGGGUUUAACUACCAUGGAAGAGUAUUUGAAUGAGAAUGAGGGACAACUUUCACGCAAAAGGAAACAAGACGAAGAUUCUGACUCGGAAGAAAGCGCCGAACCUUCUAAGGUUGCGGUAAGCACCGACCACAAGAAACCAUCAUAUACGUACUCAUCUCUUAUCGGACAGGCACUUCUGGCGUCUCCCAAUAAGAAAUUGCCAUUAAAUGAAAUUUAUUUGUGGAUUUCUCGCACCUACCCAUUCUAUUCAAUGACCAAGAAAGGAUGGCAGAAUUCUAUCCGCCAUAAUCUUACACUAUGUCCCGCCUUCCAUAAAAUGGAACGCGAUGAUGGUGUAACCGGAAAAGGAUCUUUUUGGACGAUCCCCGAUGAAUAUGAAAGAUGUUUUGUCAAUGGAGUUUACAAGAACGAUAAACCUAAGGAAACGAGGAGGACCAAACGUGCAAAGACAAACACCGAUCAGUCAGUUGAUAACUUGCCUCAAAAUACCGUAAUGCAGACCCAAGAAAUUAACAAC